AUGCUGCUGCUCCUGCACCUGCUGCCAGCUCUGCUGCCCCCCGCCGCCCUCGCCAGCUGCACCGGCGCUGGUGCCGACCAGCAGUUCAUCCUGGCCAAGGUCCGGGCGCGGGUGCUGGAGCAUCUGAGCCCCCCUGAGCCCCAGGAGGGACACCGGCAGGAAGGGAGGAGGGUGCAUCGGAGAGACAUCCUGGAGACCCCAGAAGUCCUGCACAAAGAGCUGGAGGACACCUCCCAGGUGAUCCUCUUCCCUUCCACAGACGUGCCCUGCGAGCCCACGCAGCCGGACAAGCUGCUGGAGGAAGAAGGGAUUUUCACCUACCUCUUCCAGCCGUCGCCGCACACCCUCAGCCGCACCGUGACGUCGGCCCAGCUCUGGUUUUACACUGGCCCCGCGGCCGCCCGCAACCACUCGGCCCUGGACGUGCUGACGCUGACACCGCAGGGCCGCGUGCCCGUGGUGGCCACGGCGGUGCAGGCGCCCGACCACUGGACGGUGUUUCACUUUGCCGCCACCUUGCUGCCCCACAUCUCGCAGCCGCUCUUCAUGCUGCUGGUGCGCUGCCCUGGCUGCCCCUGCCUGGCCGAGGGGGAGAAGAUGCCCUUCCUGGUGGCCACCACCCGGGCCAAGGGCAGCGAGCGGGCUCGCCGCUCCGCCGUGCCCUGGUCCCCCGCCGCCCUCGGCCUGCUGCAGCGCCCGUCGGAGGACAUGGCCGCCCACACCAACUGCCGCCGGGCCUCCCUCAACAUCUCCUUUGAGGAGCUGGGCUGGGACAACUGGAUCGUGCAUCCCAGCAGCUUCGUUUUCCACUACUGCCACGGCAGCUGCUCCGAAGGCCAUGGCCUGAGCCACCGGCUGGGGGUCCAGCUCUGCUGCGCCGCCCUGCCGGGCACUAUGCGCUCGCUGCGCGUCCGCACCACCUCCGAUGGCGGCUACUCCUUCAAGUACGAGACUGUGCCCAACAUCCUGGCCCAGGACUGCACCUGCGUGUAG